GUUUUUUAAAACAUCGAAGAGAUCCACAAAAAUCAGAAUCGAAAAACGCUUCAAAAUAAAUGCAAAACUCAGCUGUCACAUGCCCUCAGAAGCUGGAUAUUUAAAUAGCUAUACAUCUACAUAUCACACUCAAUCAUUUUAUUCAACAAAAAACUUAUUUUAAAUUACAAAAACAUAAUAGUACCAGAGUUAACUAGAAGAAUAACCACCUGACAGGAUAUUAAGUUGUCGUUGCGGUUACACUGUAGACAAACUGACAAAUGUACAUUUCCUGAGUUAUAUCUACAUAUACACAAUUCUCCAUAUUACGCAGGAUUAAACUCGAGAUCAAAUGUGCAUGUAUUUCCCCUGAAGAGAUGCAAGGGAAAGCAUAUGAGUUAGUCAAUCAACUGGCUUUACUUCUCAGAAAAAAUGGUGACAGAAUUUUAAAUGGUGAAAGUAAAUUAAGCCUUACAACACAGUCCUUGUCUUUACUAAAUGUUUCAUUCAGAAGAUACAGUGAUGCCAAAAAUAAUGAACCAAGUCGUAAUAGGUCACACAGAGACCAGAUGGAGAAAUGGAAGUUUAAUGUUCAGUACCUUCAUGAUUUUAUUACAAAGACUAUUUCACUUAAGAUAACACACAGUACAGCAACUAUGCAAGGUCCAAUAUUGAUAUCCAGGUUCCGCAGUGUUGAAAUUCUGGAACUAAAGAAAGUUCCAAUUCAUAUGUUAGAAGGACUGCACAGGCUUCGGGGACAAAUAAAAAUUAUUAUUGUUUCAAGAUGUCUUAAUUCUUUACAAGAUCUUCUGGAAGCCUGUGGGGGAGAUCAAAGUUCACCUAUGUCCUGGCCAUGUUUAAAAUCUAUGUUUUUAAGUUAUAAUGGACUGAAGAAAUUAGACUCAUCUUUGAGACUGCUACCUGUAUUAGAAAUAAUAGACCUAAGUCAUAAUGAUUUGGAAAGAACAGAGAAUUAUUUAGAGCACUUGACAGACAUCACAAGAGUAAAUUUAGGAUUUAACAGAUUAGAUAGCAUUCCAUCUUUUUCACUGACAACCAAGUCAAGAAUAAAGACAUUAGUUCUUCGGAAUAACAACUUGGAUAAUAUAGAAGGUAUAGAUGAUUUAAAUAGCUUAGAAGAACUGGACCUAUCUGAGAACUGUCUGUGUGACCAUUCAUGUUUGGUUGGCCUGGCAGAGCUUAACAAGCUGACAAUGUUAAGUUUACAGGGAAAUCCAUUGUCCUUCCAUGAUAGUCACAGACCACUAACAGUACAGUAUAUUUCCAUAGCUUCUGGAAAUAAUUUAGCAUUUACUUUAGAUGGGAAGAAAAUUACAGCAACAGAAAGAUUACUUACCCAAAGAAGUGUGUUGAACCUUUCAAGACGACCAUCAUGGGAAUCACAAAGCUCUACAAUAAAUGGCACAAGACAAAGGGAAGUUAUCUCGUCAUCUUACACAUUUGAUGAGUCUGAUGAUAUAGCCACAAACUUAAGAAUAGGAUCACCUGGAAGAUCAAGAAAAAAGAGAAAGGCUCGUCCUAAAACAGCCCUUAUUUCUGAUGAAGAAGUGAUAGAAUCCUCAAUGAAUGAAUAUUCUUCAAGGGAAAGUUCAAGAGCCCCUUCCCCAGAAAAAGAAGAUGAACCUGAUACAGCUCAAUCAACUAAGGAAGAAAUCCAAAUGAUCAGGGAUCAUUAUGGUGUCAACUGGUUACAAGUUAUAGCAGCCAAAAAGGAAGACACACUUGCUUCUUCAUCCAGUAGUAGAGAAGUUGACAAAACGGAGGAUGACAUCUACUUAAAUGAAAGUGUAGCAAAUCUGACUGUUUCCAGUUCACAUAAAGAGACACAGGAUUACACAGAGGUCACAAACAAGGACACAGAGGAUGAUAUUGAAGUAUUACCUGAACCAACAGUUAAUGAAGAAGACACUGUGCAGAUGAGACAUAAAGCCAAAGUACAUAGUUUUUAUAGUAUCUAUAGAGAUACAAGUCUUCAAGGAUCAGAAUGGAAUAGAAUUUCUGAGGCAGAAGAGCCAGAAUAUUAUGGAGCUGAAAGUGAACCAUUUAUUGUAAUGUUACCCUCAGAAAAGUUACAACAGCUUAUCAUCAGUGUUAACAACAGAUAUCUGAUAGAGAAAGAUCUAAAUGGUCAAAUUGUGGAACUUUUAGACUUAAAGUGUAUUGUAUCAUUCUUAAUCUCCAUGGAAACAGUUGAUCAUGAGAAUAUAUCCGGAGAGAUUUCACUUCCAGUUUGUAAGAUAAAGUUUGACUAUACAAGGAAAGAUAGAAGAGAUAGAAAAUAUGUAAUGGAGGAUGCUGAUAUAGCUAAGGAAUUUCAAAAUUUACUUCAGCCUUUUAUUGAUGCCAAAGAUGUAAAGAGACAGAUGAAAGAUUUGCUGCAGUGUUUGAAAUGCUCCAAUCAGUUUGAUAAAUCUGAUGCAGAGAUAAAAAUUCAUGUUCCUGAUAAAAAACAUUUUAAUUCCUUUUCUAAUGUCAGUAAAGGAGAUUCGAUGAAGUACAUAUGCCCAAAAUGUAAAAGUGAAAUGGUGGUGGAACUUGACACCAAAGAAUUACCAACAUCUUUACAGAACACACCAGUGGGAUCACUGAUAUCUGGUGACAAUUUCAUAGGGACGCCCAGCAAAGGCGUUAUAAAUGGUAGUAUAAUAUCAGGAUCUCCUGUAGCUAAAUCUUCACCAAAAAAGGAAAAAGAAAAUAAAACUAUUGGUUUUGAUGAUUUGGAUGGAACUACAAUAACAGAAAGAAACACAGUACAGCUGAGAACAAAAACAAAGGAACAAAGUUUUCAUAAUGUCAAGAGGAAUAGAAGUUUCCAGCUUCCAGAAUGGCAGGGAAUUUCUGAUGCUGAGGAGAAUGUACAAUUGAGACCAAAAACUGAAGGACAUGAUUUAUAUAGGAACAACAGAGAGAAAAUUUUCCAAGAUUUCGAACAGAAAGGAAUAUCUGAUACCGAUGAAUCAGAAUAUAAUGGGAACAAAGACCCAUCUGCAGUGAUGUCAAACUCAGCUAUGAUCAGUCGAACACAGAAAGAAACAGUUAUUCAGAAAUCUUACUCUACUGGAACAACAAUGUGUGAUAUGGACAAACUACAGGCUGAUGAAAAUCCAGAAUAUAUAAAAAAUAGUUCAUGGUUAGGAGUUACAAAGUCUAACUCUCGUCAGGUUGGAAAAAGAUCUUCCAUAGAUAGUGAUAUAACAAUUCUGACAAAUGACAGUAGUAGCAUAGCCGUCAUCUCUGAGUCGACAAAUGAAAGUAGUAGCAUAGCCAUCAUUUCUGAGUCAAGUAAUGACAUGAUAGCUGAUAGAACACAUGAUGGGUUCAGUGAUAAUAGUGAAGCUAAGACUGUUCAUAAUUUGACACUUCCAGUCAGAAAAGCUGGUUUGAACUCUAGUCAAAAUUGUGAAAUAGAUAUUGUCUCACGGAAACUAACUGGGAUAUCUGAGGAAGCAGCAGUGGUAACACCUAUGGGGUCACCUCUGUCAAGUAGUAUAUGUUCUAGCAUGGUUUCAAGUGUUUAUGAAAAUACUGUGACAUCUCCAAGUACUGAAAAUUUACACCAAGAGACUGUGGACUCAUAUAAAAAUUGUGAUAAUGGUUUCCAUGACAACCAUAAUGGAAACGAGGAAAGUAUUUAUGAUGUUUUUGUAACAAAUGAUAAUAAGGAAUUUAAUUCAAUGCACACAAAUGGAGAAAUUGACAACAGAGAAAGUUCAUUGACUGUAGAAGUAUUGAAUUCAAGUGAGACAACAACAGUGGAUAACUCAAAUUUAGACUAUGAUUCUGGUGAUGUUUCCAUGGAUGCUGACAGUGUAUUAAAGAGUUUCUGUGAUACAGAUUUUACUAACAUUGAUCACAGAUUAAAGCUGUUUUUAACCAUGACCUAUCUAGAAGAAAAUGAAACAGAAAAGGUUCAGUGUGCUCUUAAGGUAGAUAUAGUACAGUAUAUGGAGACCGAGGAGUUCACAGGUUACGUGGUUGUGUCUACUGAUAGAAUUUUUAUCUUCAAGUUCAUUGAUAAAGAAGACAGUGAUGAUUAUGAAAGCUGUUUGAAGUGUAUAGAAAAUCAACCAAUCACAGAACUGCAGUAUAUUGACAUCGGUCUUGGUUACCAGAGUCUGAGGUUUGAGUUCAGCACUGAAUGUUCCAGUUUUACAUUUCUGAUACGAGAUGAAGGAAGGUGUAAACACUUCAUUAAUCUAGUCACUAGUAUUGUACAGGACACAGCAUUUAGUGAGAACAGUAAGCUGCAGGGAAUCAGUAAAUAUAAUGCUGCAACCAUGGAGAAUUUGAAGUCAGCUAUUGCAGAGAGUGAUGAGGACGAGGAUGGACAAUUUAAUUUAGUCAGAUAUCUGUGUGGUAUUUUGGUUGAAGAAGAGGAUAUCAGAGUAUCAGUUGGUUUAACUAUCACAGAGCAGGAAUUAAUACUUGUGACCGAAAACUACCAGUGGCCAUUGCCUCGAUUACAGGCUCCCUUAGAUGCAGAGGUCAAAGGUCAACAAUUUACAAUAAGAGAUUGUCAGAAAAUCAACAAUAUUGCAACUGUGGAGACUUGUGAGAAUGAUACAACUCAAAUUAGAUUGACCUUCUUCCACGAAGAAUCACAACAAGAGGUCAGCUGGCACAUAGCUAUGACAACAGAUUCAGCAGUGCUUUCAUUAGUCAAUGCAAUCAGAGAACCAUGGGAAAAUGAAUUUGGAGUAGAUCUAGAUGUUACUCCAGUAUCAUUUUUAUCAAACAGUUUAUAAUUUACAUAUUUUAUAUUUAAGUUAAGUUUCAUGAUAUCACAUUAUGUUCGCUUAUAUUUUAAUGGUGCUCUGUAACUUCAUGUAUUUUUUUUCUUUUGGUAAUACCUUUUAAGGCAUAGUGAAUGCUUUUUAUGGGCAUACAGUCUAUUAUAUGUAAUUAUUUGAAUAAGUUUAAAAGCUUAUCAAUGGCAAAAUCAUUCAAAUCUUUAUACCCAGUUGGGUUUUUAUACUUGUACUAUUACAGUGGCGGAUCCAGAAAUUUUCAUAAGGGGGGCCCACUGAGUGCCUAAGAGGGGGCCCGCUCCAGUCAUACUUCAGUGAUUCUCUAAAUAAUCAACCAAAUUUUUCCCACAACCAAGCCCCCUGUAAAACCCUCUAAAUCCGCCACUAAACAGAUUCAGCAGUGCUUUCAUUAGUCAAUGCAAUCAGAGAACCAUGAGAAAAUGAAUUUCGUUUACAUCUAGAUGUUACUCCAGUAUCGUUUUUAUCAAACUAAGAAUUGUCCAGGAAAGUCAUAUGCCUUAGUUUGAUCUAAUUCAUAUUCUUUUAAAUGUUUUUUUUUAUCUUUAAAAUGUUUAUUGGUGUACACUUAAUACUUUACUCUCAGGUUUUAUUUUAAAUGUCAUUGUUACUUUUAUUUGGUUUAUUUUAACAUGAUAGAUUGUAUUUUAGUAUAUUUAAACAUGCACUUGUGGUUAUUGGUAAGUGAUGGGACACAAACAUUACCUUCAAAACUACCGUAUUGUAUUUAUCCCAGUGUAUAUAAGUAUGAAAAAGAAGGAGGUGAACCAUUACAGUAAAAAAACAUUAUUUGAGGUAUAGAACCACUAAUUCUGCCCGGUCAGAAAGAACAAGAAAGUGGUACAUAUUUUAAACAAAUUGUUCCUACGCAUAGCUGUAACUUUGUCAAUAAGUAAAAUAUUUGGGUAAUUUUGGUAUCAUAUAAAAGCUUAAGGACUUGGGAUCACUAUAUAACCUUGUUGAAAGUUUUUUUUUUUUUAAUAAUUAAAAAACAUAUAUGAAAUUAUAAUAGCAGGGCACAUUUGCCCUGUUAUUCAGGUUAGAAGUACCUCUUUUGUACUACCAAACUUAGGGGAACCAGUGCGCUCUAAUAUGCAAUUAAAGGUAUGUUGAAUUUUUCAGCACAAGUCAGGAUAAUGUAUAGUUUUGACAUGAAAUGACUGCCACUUUAUUUGAACUUAAGACAAAGUAGCCAUUAAUGUUUGAAAUUGCAGAAUUUAACAUAGAAAGCAAUGGGGCUAUGAAUUAAUGGUUUUAUUCCUAUAAAGAACCUGGUAUGAAAUAUUGGAAAAAUGAUACCAAGUUUUUAAAAAUUGAAGGUGAUUUAAAAAUCCUUUUUAAUGCAUUCUUGGCCUUGAAUGACUACUCUCUUUAAAUUAAAAGAAUUGGGUAAAAUUAUAUGAAAAAGGGAUGUCAUUAAGAUCAUUCACUGCAACACUUGUAUCCCAUUGUAAUCAUAUAUCCUAUAUCAGCCAAAGCUUGCCUAAAUAGUGCACUAUCAAUCUGACAUUUGCAUUUACCAAGUAUUUCUAGUUUUUUUGUAGUCAAGUCCAUUAAGUAACCAAGUGGACAUCUUAAAUUGUAAAAUUAUUAACAUUGAUAUUGAUGAACUAUUGUAUGAACCAUUCCCUCUAUGAUCAUAUCUUAUUAGAAGUGACUUCAUUUAACAGGCUGUUUGUCUCAUUAUAGCCAUAGGUUUAUUUAAUUUCCACCUGACUACCCUCUAUUUUACUGUCAAACAUGUGAUCUCAUUACAUGGACAUGUGACCUAAUUACAGACAUGUGACCUCAUUACACAUCAUCCCCAUUAACCGUGUUAUUUUUUAUCUACUUAAAAGAUAUGUUGAUUUUUUCAGCUUUUGUUUUUAAUAUGUUCAUAUUCUCAUUUUAAGUUCAGUAAAUUUUAAUACACAUUCAUGCUUUUACAUGUGAAAAAAUGAAAAAAGUACAUUUGUGUCAUUAUUUUUUAUAAAGCAUUACAAUUUAACCAUCAAUUAUGCCAAGUAUAGACACUUGGGUGAAAGUUUCCUGGAUUCCAACCACAUUUAGUCACAGGAAUUAAAGAAUGUAGGUUUUCAAUAAACUAAACUUAGAUAUUCAAGUAAGAUUUCUUAUAAGUUACAACAAACAAAUAUAAUUCAUAGUUUCUUUGUGAAAAGAUCUUAUCUGAUUUUAAAAACCAAUGGAAAUUUGCCAGUUUUCUUUGAAUUUGGUGGAUAAUGAAAAUCUGUCAAUUUUGAUGCCAAUAUCUAAAUAAAAAAAAAUAUUUACAAUCAAGUCUAUGUUUCUGUAAACUAUGAUACAUUGUGAUAAUGGCUAUUAAAUCCUUAUUUGAAAGUAUGUCUAAAAAUUGAGGCCAUAUUAUUGCCUGAUUGACCCUUUUCUAAUUCUAAUCGGUGAUUUCUUUGUUCUAACAUUAAAUAUGCAAAUAUGUUAAAAUAUGUACAGCAAUACAUGUAUAUCUGUUAAAUUAUUUUAGUGCGUCUUCCUUAUUUUUAUAAUUUCAUAUAUUAUGUUUUAAUGUCUUUUUAUAUACAUUCAGUGCAGUUAUGAAAAAUAUUUUUUAUGAGUUUUGUUGAAUAAAUGGAUUAUCAUUUUACCUGU